CCACUGGGUCACUGCCAUAUAUCUCACUAAUGCAACAUUUACCUCUCCUUUUUGUGUAUAAAACAAAAUUAAUUAAUUAAUUAAAAUGAUUAAAUAAUUGUUUAGUUGUUUUUUUUAUUAAUUAAGUCAUAUAUUAUCUUCGACUAUGAAUAAUUGUGCAAAAUUUAAACUUGAUCAGAGAAAGGGGAGAAGAAAAAAAAGUGUAAAGAAAUCCACCCAGAUAAACAGAUAUAAGCUUUAUAACAAAGGAUUGUUACAAACGUAUUGUGAAUCUUAAAGCAUUCAAAUUCACCUUGGCUAUGCGACUAACUGCUUGGAUAUGUAACGAAUAGACUCACGCAUCGUUAGCACAUUUAAAAAAAAACUUGAUUGAAUUCAUUGUUUAGAAAAACUUAUUUCUUGCUCAUGGGACUUCAGUGUUAAAGGGAAAAAAAAAAAGAGGACUUUUUUGAGGGUUGGGGAUAUAAAGUUUGGUUACCUAGGGACACACUUAUGUAAAGGAGGGGUGAGAUGGACUACCAGGCAGACAAUAAGAGGCGAGGUCGUAGGAACUCAUACCAGCACAGACAAAGCGCCAGUGUUUUUAGUGUCAGAGAGUCUCCGUUUGUCCGAGGCUGCUUCUCCCUCCAGCGUACACCAGCCUCGCCCGCCUCGGCCCCGAGUCCGUCACUAGAUUGUAGUCACCGGCUCUCCCCUUCCACCCCUUCCCUAGGGUAGACGCUCACUCAGCUAAUCCGCUGCAUGACGCUCGGGGUUACUUUAACUGCCCGGUAAAAUUUAGCUUUUUAAAUUUAAAUCUCCCCGGCGAAAGCCCCCAUUAGAGCCAGUUGUAUUUCAGUGAGUUGGCUAACUACACGACGGGGAACUGAGGGGUGCUUAACAUUUGUGUGUGUGUGAGAAAGAACGUGAUGUAGAACACAAUAUCUUACUCGAGACUGUCUGGUGUUUCGUCUGCUGUCAUAUCACAGCGAUAUGAAGCAGACGACAUCCGGUCUCUACGGAAUCUGAAGGUCAAGGCUUUAGAGGAAUGGGCUUCGAGUCUUCCCAGAAGACCAUACUUUCAGCAAUGGAAAACAACGAUACCAAAGAACGCGGCUCUGUGAAGGUGGCAUGGGAGAACAAGUAUACCCGUAAAGAGAACGACGCUAACUGCGAGGACAAGAAGCUGAGUCAGUCGAAUACCAAGGCCAGGACCAGCGUCGACAUCGAGGACGAAGAGUUUCAGAAGAGUCUGCAGAAGACGUUCACCUGGCGGCGGCUGAUCGCCAUCUUCCGCAGCAAGACCUUCGCCGACAAGACUCUGGAGAACCUCUACCGGAGGUACUUCAUCAAGGUGGAUCAGUCCUCCCAGUCCAACAUGCAGGUCAUCAUCGUGGUCAUCUGUGUGAUGCUCAUCUUCUUUUACUACGUGAACGGCUCCACCAGCCCCAUCCGGGGAGUCGUGAUGAGCCUCAUCAUUCUCAUCCUGGCCGUGCUGGAGGCGCUGCUGUACCGCAUAACUCUGCAGUACUACUCGCUGCAAAUAAUCUGCGCUGUGUCACUGUUCCUACUGGUGGCUGUAGUUUGCACGGUCACACUGGACCAGAAGCCCAGCGACGUUGGGGAUGGUCUGUGGGUGACCAUCUUUUUUGUGUACAUGACUUAUACUGGGAUACCGCUGCCGCUGUCUGUGGCCAUACUCAUGGGCAUAUUUCUUCCAUUGUUUCAACUAGCACUCACCACUAGAUUCACUCUGGACCAGAACUAUAUGAGAGAGCAGGUCAUUGCCAAUGUGUUCACUUACAUCUGUGUCAACAUCAUCGGCAUCUUCUUUCAUUACCCAAUGGAGGCUCAACAGAGGGAGGCCUUUUUGGAAACUCGGAACUGUAUAAGUGUCCGACUGGCUACACAGAAGGAGAACCAAAAGCAGGAACGACUACUCCUGUCGGUUUUACCUCGGCACGUUGCCAUGGAAAUGAAAGCAGACAUAGCUGGUAACAAAAAAGAAGCCAUGUUUCAUAAAAUAUACAUUCAGCGUCAUGACAAUGUCAGCAUUCUCUUCGCAGACAUCUGUGGCUUCACCGCCUUGUCCUCUACUUGCACUGCCCAAGAGCUGGUGCAGCUCCUGAACGAACUCUACGCCCGCUUCGACACCCUGGCAACCCAGAACCACUGCCUGCGGAUCAAGCUUCUCGGGGACUGCUACUACUGUGUCAGCGGCAUGCCAGAGCCCAGGCGAGACCACGCCCAUUGUGCCGUUGAGAUGGGCCUGGACAUGGUGGAGGCUAUAACUUUAGUACGAGAUUUAACUGGUGUUAAUGUCAACAUGAGAGUGGGAAUCCAUUCAGGCCGUGUUCACUGUGGUGUCCUAGGACUUUAUAAAUGGCAGUUUGAUGUCUGGUCUAAUGACGUGACCUUGGCCAAUCACAUGGAGAGUGGAGGACUUCCAGGUCAUGUGCACAUCAGCGCAGCAACCAAGGAAUAUCUUAAUGGUGACUAUGAUGUGGUACCAGGAAAAGGAUCAACAAGAGAUUCUUACCUGAAGAAACUUGGUAUUGAAACUUAUUUAGUCAAAACUGAUACCAGGAGAUAUAAAGCAUUUGACAAUGUGAGGGAACAUGUGACAAGUGGAGCAAUGAAACUGAUGGGGAUUGAAGAGAAAGGUCAUGUUGUGACCAUGGAUCAGAAAGAUAUUGAUGAUGAAGUCAAUGAGUAUCUCAGUCGGGCAAUUGAUGCUCGAAGUGUUGACAGACUUAGAGCAGACCAUGUUAAAGGCCUUUUCAUGACAUUCCGAAAGAAAUCUAUAGAAGAAAAAUUUUCUAGAAAACCUGACAGAAUGUUUUCUGACCAUAUUCUUUGUCAAUGUAUCAUAGUGACAACCAUAGUGGUGUGUCAUUUUUUAUUAGCUGAAAAACAUUUCUGUACGUCUUUGCACAUUUUCUUCAAUGCUUAUGAACAUUUAUCUGAAUAUUCUGUGAUAAUGGAAAUAUCUUUUAUUAUCUUCAAUUUUGUUUUAUUUUUCCUUUGCUGUGUGGAAGUUAUGCCCUGGGUGCCGAUGUAUGCUAGAAGAUCUUUACAUAAAUUGAUAGGUAUGAAACGUGUGAGCCAGACCAUUGCAGCUGCAUCUGUUUUGUGUAUAUUUUUAUCUGCUAUUUUUCCUAUGAUAUUCUUGUCAACACCAGAUUUAAAACAGUGCCUCACGGAGAAAGAAAACAAUUUUUCCUUAUUUACUGUUAGGUUAUAUAACAUAACCAGAGCAUCUAGAACCACUGUGUGUAAUCCAAAUAUUGCUACUUUCUUCUUUCCAGAGCAUUUCCUGUAUGGUGUAGUCAUAUCAAUGCUGAGUACAUCUGUGUUUUUAGAAGCAUCUAGUCUAAUCAAAUUGUUGCUGUCUCUGCUGAUAGGUGGAGUGUACAUGAUUUUGAUGGAAGUGGCCUAUGUCAGACUGUAUACCAACAGAGACUACCUACUUAUGACUGAUCAUGGUUUAGAUCCUGAGGGUAAUGGACCUUGGGUGCCUUUGCGUUGGGAAGCCAUAGUCAUCAUCAUUAUGAUCACACUCAUACUGUUUCUGCACGCACAGCAAGUAGAGUCCACAGCUAGGCUUGAUUUUAUAUGGAAAAUUCAGGCUCAAGAAGAAAAAGAAGAAGGAGAGAAUUUAAGAGAAUACAACUUGAAGCUGUUGUCUAACAUCUUACCUCUACAUGUUGCCAAACAUUUCCUUAGCAUGAAGGAUGAAACAAAUCUGUACUAUGAAGACAUCAAUAAUGUGGGAGUGAUGUUUGCUUCCAUUGUCAACUUCUCUGAGUUCUACAUAGAGCUAGAGUCCAACAAUGAAGGAGUCGAGUGCUUGAGAUUGCUCAAUGAAAUCAUUGCAGAUUUUGAUACAUUAUUAACACAUAAAAGGUUCUACGCUGUGGAGAAAAUUAAGACGGUUGGCUCAACAUACAUGUGUGCCUCAGGACUGACCAGUAAAACAAAUCUCGCAGACAUGCAGCACAUCACAGCUCUAGCUGACUAUACAUUUGCUCUUCAGAAUCAGAUGCAAUACAUUAAUGAAAACUCUUUCAAUAACUUUGUUAUGAGGAUAGGUAUCAACAUAGGUCCUGUUGUGGCAGGGGUGAUAGGUGUGAAAAAACCACAUUAUGACAUUUGGGGUAACACUGUCAAUGUGGCCAGCAGGAUGGACAGCACUGGUGUGCCAAACAAAAUACAAGUGACAGGAGAAAUCUAUAAGCUAUUAGCUAGCAGAAGAUAUGGUUUGUCUUUCAGAGGAGUAGUUCAAGUGAAAGGGAAAGGUGAUAUGCAAACCUAUUUCUUGGAGUCCAUGCCACCGGGCUCUAAAUCACCACCUCUGUCCUAUAUGUGUGAUGGUUCUAGCGCUUCAUUCAGAAACAAGUCACAAAAUACAUUAGCAGAUUAUUAAGAAAUAUUUUGUAUCAGGAGAGGGGAGAGAGAGUUGUAAAAAUUGCAUGUUUGGGUGAUUGGUUUAGUCAUCUUUUUUUCUUCUAAGUAAAAAAAAAAAGUUAUAUAAAGCAAUUUAAAACAAUAUGAUGAAGUUAGUUCAAAAUUUAGUGAAAUACGAAGAUAAGCUUGAUUAUUUAUUUUCUUAAGUCUAAAAUUUCUUUAAUCAAAAAAAAUAAUAUUGCCCAUUUUGUUUUAAAUUCACAAAACGAUUUCACAUUUAUUUUACUACAUUAAACUGAAUCCUUUAAGUUAGUGUGCAACCAUCAGGCAUAUAUGGUUCAGUUCUGGUAAUGCUCAUUCGUUGGUGUGUGCAUAUAUCAUCUGUGUAAGUAGAAAUAAUUUGUACAAAUGGUUGUUACAGUUGGUUUUCAAUUCAGUUCAAACUUUUAAAAUCAAGUUAUCUGCCUCCGCUUUUUAGAUUCAUUUUUUUGUGUGCAUAUUUUUACAUCAAACUUUGUGCAUUCAUUUAUCCAUUCAACGUUUUUUUUUUCAAGGGGGGAAGCGAGGCUGCAAAGGAUAUUUCACAUAAUUGUUAAAUUAUUAACAGAAUAAUAACCACUGGCACACACAACAUAUAAAAGUUGAGCAAAUGACAAUGACUAUACAUCUUUUGGUUUUGUUGUUAUUUUAUGAAUUGGUUCACAUUUGAUAUUGUCUGGUAUUGUGUUUUUUUUUUUUUUUUUUAAUUGUAAGCUUUUUUUAACAAGCAUUAAUUACUUAUAUUGGCACUUUUGUGUUGUAUUUUAUUUGGUGUUCAGAUUUUUAUUUUUGUGAUUCAUUUAACUUUUAAGUGAAUAAGUUCAUCUGCAUUUAUUAUAACUUAGUAUUUUAUAUUUACACAGCAAACUAUAUUUGGCUAGUAUAUUUUAAUUUGUAACUUUGUAAAUAAUCAUAUUUGUACAAUACUUGUCUAAUUGCUAAUUCCCAUAUUGUUUUAAUUGUUUCAUAGCCGGUGCAUCUCACUUUGGAUCAAAGAACAAAAGACCACAGUUAGCGACACAUGUUAGUUUUCUUUCAUCUAGACUUUUUUUUUUUUAGUAUUGGAUUAGUAAUGCCACAUUUUAUGCCAAAUUUUUUUUUUAUUGUUUUAGUUCAAAAGGUGUAAUAUAAUACAGAGCAGGAUUUUUUUUCUACUAAAAACAAGUAUCAUUUGAAAUAAGAAAUUUUCAUUUUCAAGUAAAAAUCCUUAUAUUUUGUUUACCAACUAGAAUAUUAUCUAAUGUUUUUGUAUUUUAGAAAUGUGAAGUUUUGCUCUUGUGUGAGAAUAAUAGAUCCAUGUAUUGUGUAUUGAAUCGUGAUAUAUAUUUCAUUAACAAAUUCUGAAAUGUGCACAAUGUUUUGUUUCAUAAAUUUUUUUUUCUGUUCUUAUCAAGACAUACUUUUUAUGAAGGCUGUUGCUUAUGAAAGUUAGGCAAGCCAAAUACUUUAUUCAUUUUUAAUAUUUGGCCUAUGUUAUAUCAAGUGACAUGGUAACAAAAGACAUCAGAAAAUUGAUAUGUUUAGUCCACUGAAACUCUGUGACUUCAUUAUGAGACAAAAACUGCUCUUAAAGUCAACCAUUAUGAAUGGUUCAUUUAAUUUCAAACUUGAGAGUAGUUCAUCUUAUCUCCUACACUUGAUAAAAGGUCAUCCCAACCCAUUAUUAACCAAUGAGUUAUAGAUCUAGUUUAACUGAAGAUAUUUAAAAUGUGACUUUUUUUUCUGUGUAUAAUAUCCCUAAGUUAUCUGAACCACUUUUCAAAGCUACUAAAACACUAUGAGUUAUUUGUGUUUGUGCAUGCAUGACUUUCAUUGAACCCUCUUUUAAAAUGAUAUACUUCUGGGUACUAUGUUAAUAUUCUAGUAAUUUUCUAGACCUAGCAUUGACCUGGCUGCUAAUAACUCUUUGAAGCAUGUUUCUCAUUUUUCAAUUGAAAAUGUCUGCCAGAUGUUCACAUGAAUCUCAAAAAGCUCAAUUCUCAUGGGCUAUGUAUUGACUUGUAGAGUCAUAUCAUAUCCUACAUUUUAAGCAUAUUCUUAUUAAGUGAUAUGAAUAGACCACAUUGAUAUGUUUAAUGUACUGGUACUAACCACAUUUAAAUCAUAUGUUAUAAGACCCUGGUCAGACCUUUCUUGCAAUGUUAUGACCAGACCCAUAGUGCUUAGAAAGGAACAAAUUUAGAUCAUGUGCUAUAAAACAAAAACGACCACAUAUUGUUAUGUGUUAUAUUAAAAUGACCAUAAUGAGACCAUGAUAUUAUAAAUCAAUAUAGAACAAGAGAAUGACAUUGAUUUCUUGUGUACAUUUCGUACAAUUUUUUUAUGAUUUUGUUUUGAUUGUAAUUCUGCCCCCUAUCUUGCCCUUUAGCCCCAGAUUUUUCUCAAGCAUUACUAGCGUUAGAUAAUUGUUUUGAUACAAUUGCUUAGUGUGUAUAUUGAUUGAAGACUUGUGUGAUACACUAGCCUAGAAGAUGGUGACAUUUGUUUCAUUGGAUUUAUAUGUUUCCUAUGCUGUAUAGAUGUACAGGACAUGAGUAAUGUCACUGCUACAAGUGACAUCUCCCUCUGUUCAAAUGUUGUUUGAUUCUCCCAUUCAUCCAUUGCUCCAUACCCACCUUGUAUUAUAUGUUUCAUUGAGUUCUGCCGAAUAAAUAAAUAAACAAUAUGUCCAAAUAAUUGUGUAACAUUCCAGUCUGAACAAAGAAACUUUGAAGUCAAUUGUUAUGUUUUCAUUUUCAAAAGGAAACAGAAUAUUGAAAAACAAACACAAAAAUAAAA